CAGAACAUCAGCAGAGACAGAAAAUCACACAUCAACUGCCCAUAAAAGACAGACAUGGCCAGGAAAUACACUCGUCUUGCAGAGCAAGAGGAACAAGAAGAACCACAAAAGCCUGAGCUCAGGAUUUUGCUUCUUGGAAAAACUGGAGUUGGAAAGAGUGCUUCAGGAAACACCAUCCUAGGAAAAGGGAAUGCUUUUGAAUUGACAUCAUCAGAGUGUCAGAAGGAAACAGGAGAGUUUGAUGGUCAAAAACUGGCUGUCAUUGAUACUCCAGGUCUGUCUGACACCAGUAAAAGUGAAGAGGAGUUGACAGCAGAGAUGGAGAGAGCCAUCUGCUUUGCUGCUCCUGGUCCUAAUGUGUUCCUGGUUGUGAUUCAGGGAAACUGCUACUCAGAAGAUCAAGAAACAGUGAAAAUCAUUCAGAAGAUGUUUGGAAAACGGUCAGCAUGUUCCACAUUAGUCUUGUUCACCCAUGGAGAUGAUCUGAAGUUAGAUGGAGACACCAUAGAAAAAUUAAUCAGUAAAGAUUCAACUCUCAGUGGAUUCAUCCGUCAGUGCGGUGGAGGAUAUCACGUCUUUAACAACAGAGACAAGGAUCCCUCUCAGGUCAGAGAGCUGCUGGAGAAGAUCAACACCAUGGUUCAGAGAAAUGCGGGAAGAUACUUCACAGUUGAAAUGUUCAGAGAGGCUGACCUUAGGAUUGUUCUUAUUGGGAAAACUGGAGCUGGGAAGAGUGCAUCAGGAAACACCAUCUUAGGACAAAAAGCUUUUAAAUCCUUAUCAUCUUUUUCCACAGUGACAUCAGAGUGUCAGACGAAAACAGGUCUGUUUGAUGGUCAAACACUGGCUGUAAUUGAUACUCCAGGUUUAUUUGACACCAAAAAAACUGAAGAGGAGGUGAAAGAAGACAUUAGUAGCUGCAUCAACCUUGCUGUUCCUGGUCCUCAUGUGUUCCUGGUUGUUAUUCAGGCCAACAGAUUCACAGAAGAAGAAAAAGAAACUGUCAAGAUCAUUCAGAACAUGUUUGGAGAACAGUCAGCAUGUUACACUAUGGCCUUGUUCACCUAUGGAGACAAUCUUGAGAGAGAUGAAGUCACCAUAGAAAACAUGAUCAGUGAUAAUCCAACUCUCAGUGGCUUCAUCAGUCAGUGUGGUGGAGGAUAUCAUGUCUUUAACAACACAGUAAAAAAUCCCUCUCAGGUCAGAGAGCUGCUGAAGAAGGUUAGCGCAAUGACGGAGAGAAAUGGAGGAGGAUACUACACCAAUGAAAUGUUCAGAGAGGCUCAGAGAGCCAUGAACAAACUAGUCGAGCUCAGGAUUGCUCUUGUUGGGAAAACCAGAGUUGGGAAGAGUGAAGCAGGAAACAUCAUUUUAAGGGGAAAAGUAUUUAGAUCAACCUCUUUCUCUUCCUCUGUAACAUCAGAGUGUCAGAAGGAAACAUGUCAGUUUGAAGGUAAAACACUGGCUGUAGUUGAUACUCCAGGUCUGUAUGAAACUAAACUAACUGAAGAGGAGGUGAAGAGAGAGAUUGUUAGAUGCAUCUCCUUUGCUGCUCCUGGUCCUCAUGUGUUCCUGGUUGUGAUCCAACCAAACAGAUUCACCAAAGAAGAACAAAAAACUGUGAAAAUCAUUCAGAAGAUUUUUGGUGAACAAGCCGCUGAUUACACGAUGGCCUUGGUAACCCAUGAAGAUGAUGUGAUGAAGAACACCAUAGAAGAAGCAAUCAAACAUCCAGAUCUAAAUGACUUAAUUAGUCAGUGUCGUGGAGGAUAUCAUGUUUUUAACAGCAGAAACAAGGAUCCCUCUCAGGUCAGAGAGCUGCUGAAGAAAAUCAACUCAAUGAAUAAAAGAAAUGCAGGAUGCUGUUACACCUCUAAAAUGUUUGAUGAGGCAGAGAAAGCCAUUAAAACAGAGAUGGAACAACUUCACGAAAAAAAAUCCAGAGAUGACGGACAAAGAAGCAAGAUACAAAGCAGAAAGAAGGAACGAGUUUACUCAGGGGAAAUGGCAUGACAUUAUUGCUGGAGCUGCUGGUGCUGGAGCUGCUGUUGGUGGAGCUGCUGUUGCUGGAGCUGGAGUAGCUGCUGCUGCUGCUGGAAUUGGCAUUGAAGUUGCUAUUGGAGCUGGUUUGGGAGUUAUCGGGGGUCCAGUAGGAGCUGCAGCUGGAGUUUUAGUGGGAUUUGCAAUAAAAUAUGUCACUUCAAAAAGGAAAUUGAAUUAUUGUGUUACACAGUAAUAAUCAGUGGAAGUCAACAUUUAUAAACUCCAACUAGAAAAUAGAUGAAAAGAGGUGCAGGCUAAUCCGGUUGUUCAGUGAUGACGCGACGAAUCCUAC